AUGAAAGAUGAUGAAGGGAGGCCUGUGUACGUGACUGUUGGUUGUGCCCGUGGCGGAAAGUACAAUCCUACGAACAAUAAUAUCUCGAAGCCACGACCAACAACUAGAACGGAUUGUAAAGCGAGAGUAAAUGCGACAUUGAGCAAGAAUGAUAAAUGGGUUUUCACCACUGUUGAAAAUGUGCACAACCACAUAACUGUGAGCCCCAAGAAGACAAGAUUCUUGCGAUCUCACAAACAUCUAGAUGAAUACAGUCAAAGGAUCCUCGACCUAAAUGAUCGAGCCGGUAUACGAAUGAACAAGAAUUUUUAUUCUCUUGUCGUUGAUGCGGGGGGUUUUGAGAAUCUUCAGUUUCAAAAGAAAGAUUGUCAGAAUUUCAUUGACAAGGCUCGACAUUUAAGGUUGGGUAAAGAUGGUGGCGAAGCACUUAAUCAGUAUUUCCAAAGAAUGAGAGAUCGGAAUGAUGGGUUCGUUUCUAACAUGGACUUGGAUGAUGAGGGAAGGUUACGAAAUGUAUUUUGGGCUGAGGCUCGGAGUCGAGCGGCGUAUGAGUAUUUCGGAGACAUAGUAACAUUUGAUACAACGUACCUAACAAAUAGGUACGGGAUGCCUUUUGCGCCAUUCGUUGGUGUUAAUCAUCAUGGUCAGUCCAUAUUAUUAGGAGCGGGAUUGCUUUCAAACGAGGACACUAAAACUUUUGUGUGGUUGUUCCGAAUGUGGUUGGAUUGUAUGAAUGGUCGGGCGCCCAAAGCCAUGAUAACCGACCAAGAUCGGGCAAUGAAGAGUGCUAUUAUCAUUGUAUUCCCUGAAACUCAUCACAGAUAUUGUUUAUGGCAUAUAAUGCGCAAACUUCCUGAGAAGUUAGGAUCUCAUACGCAAUUCAAUGUGGGGUUGAAGACUGACCUUCAUACUGCAUUAUAUGACUCACAUACCAGUGGUGAAUUUAAGGAGAGCUGGGGUCAAGUAAUUGCGAAGUAUGAUCUCCAUGGCAAUAAAUGGCUUCAAUCCUUAUAUGAGGAAAGGUCUUUUUGGGUUCCAGCUUACUUGAAAAGUGUAUUCUGGGCUGGAAUGAGCACAACACAAAUGUCAGAAAGCAUGAAUGCAUUUUUCGAUGGGUAUGUCCAUUCCGGUACCACGUUGAAGGAAUUCGUCGACCAAUUUGAUAAUGCUCUUAGAAAGAAUUUGGAGUUAGAGACAAUGGCUGAUUUCAAUUCUAACAACCAAACUAUUCCCUGCGUGUCCCAUUUUAAUGAGAAGCAGUUCCAAAGAUUAUAUACAAAUGUAAAGUUUAAAGAGAUGAGAGGGAUUCUAUGUAGGCAUGCACUUAGAGUUUGCCAGUUGAAAAAGAUUAAUGUGCUGCCAGAUGUAUAUGUGUUGGAUCGUUGGAGAAAGGACUUAAAGAGGACAUACACAUUAGUCAGAAGUAGUUACGAUGACCAGCGGGACAGAGCAGAUGCACGGAAUUAUGAGCGGGUGCUUAAAAGAUGUCCGAAAUUAGCCACCAAAAUAUCCUCUGAUAAUGAAAAAAUCAGUGCUUUCUUGCGUGUUGUUGAUGAGUUUGAGACAAAAUGUAAAGGUUCAACACUAGAGUCGGCAUAUGAACAAACGAAGGCCAAAGCAAAUGUCGUCUUGGAUUAG